UGGAUAUGAUGUGAUUCCUGUAGUGUUAAAUCCGAUACUACAUGAUUUUCAAAACGUAACGCAAGCGUACAUUAUGAGAGAUGAUAUUGGUUUAAGAACUUGGAUUGAACGUUUUUCGGUACGAGAGAUUAGUUUUGAAUUUUGGAGCAGGACCAAUAUAUGGGAGGAAUAACGUGCGAUGGCUAGGGAACACGCACCCACGUAAUUUGGGUAAUUUCCUAUCUAUCCUACCUAAGGUGAAUAUGCUGUUGAUAUUAUAUGCUAGUUAGUUUAUUUUUCCGACGUUUUCUCUAACUACCGUUGAUAUAGCGCAGGUUAGCCAAACGAUGGAAAUUAAUUCUAACAAAUCAGAGCCGUUGGCUAAAAUAGUAAACAGUCCGGUUACAUCGCUAAAUUUCGAUGAUUUUAGGAAGAUAAUUAUGGCUAUGGUUUUACCACAACAAGUAAUGGUGGAUAUAGAAUAUGACAAUGGUGAAAAUGUAAUGCUAUCAGGCGUCGCGGGAUUAAUGGCAAAUAUGUUCUUCUCGACGACGCCUGGAUUUAGGACUAUAACUUUGAGGAGCGCGCGUGAAACGGAUGUAAUAAUUGGUCGCAUGUUGAGUAAAUUGGGGUAUAAAAACGAUAAUCAGAAUCAACCAUUGAACGUCACCCCCCAGAGAGGUGGGCCGAAUGUUUGGUUAGAGCUUGAAACGCAUGAUUUCGAUGGUUUAGGAUGGUGUAAUUCGCGUACGAAUGAGGUUUAUGUAAUUAAUGAUGCAUUGUAUGAUGGAAUAAAUGAGUUACCAAUAUACGUUGGACUUGAUCAGUACGUAGAUAUUCAGGAUUUGGUUGACUUUAAUGAUGUGCCUAGACCGCCCAUCUUAAACGAUAUCACAAGAUGUUUAGCUGACGCGGCACGAACGAAGAAUAGAGCAGAUGCAGUUCAGUCUCUCUUUUCGUAUGUCGCGCCAAAAUGGUCGCAGUUCUUCUUUAAUUUGAAUAGAUUUAUUGUAACAUAUGGCGAGACUGGUUUUAGGGAAAUUCCUAUCAAUUGUGUGUACCGUUUGAAGCACCUCGCCAGAGAAAAUGGAUUUAAUAGUGGAAGUAUAAGUUAUUCAAAAAUAAAUUCUGGAUGAUAUUGUGGUGUGCACGUGUAUUAUGCCAUAUGACUUUUUGUUUCGAAAAUAAGUGUUUGUUUUAUAAAGAAAUUGGGGAAAUCACAAUGUAUGUGCAAUAAUUUGCCAUUUUCUAUGGUGAGUUUUUAUUACAUCUAGAUAAAAACUGUACCGUGAUCCGGACAAUUGAAGACAAGUUAUCUUGCUACCACGCGAAUACAAGGACAAAUGAACAGGUCCGGCUUCGAUAAUUUUUAAACAUGUCUUGCUCCAAAU